AAAAAGGAGAAAACCUUUCGAAAACUUUACCAAGAGUUUUGGACGCCCAAGUCUAUACGUAAUCCUCCUUAUGAGCAUUUCACACAAAUUGGGGAUCCAGUUUUACGCACAAAAGCUGCAGAAGUGCCUGGAGACCUUAUUAACAGUAAAGAGGUAGAACAUAUUGUUGAAAAAAUGAUCAAAGUAUUACGAAAGUUCGAUUGCGUUGGCGUUGCAGCACCACAAAUUGGAAUUUCGCUUCGAAUCAUUGUGAUGGAGUUUCGAGAAGGAUUAAUAGACAUAUUGCCAAAACCUGUUUACGAAGCGAGAAAGAUGUCUACACUACCACUAACAGUUGUAAUAAAUCCAACAUUGACUGUAACUAACUACGAAAAGCAUAAACAUCCGGAAGGUUGUAUGAGUGUUCGAGGUUAUUCUGCAGAAGUGGAACGUUUUCAUUCAGUUAUGUUAAAAGGAAAAAAUUUCAACGGCGUAGAAAAUAAAGUUGAAUUAAGUGGUUGGAACGCAAGAAUAGCGCAACAUGAAAUGGACCACUUGGACGGAAAACUUUAUACUGAUCGCAUGGAUAGUUCAACUUUUAUUUGUACAUGCUGGGAGACAGUUAAUGCUAAAAGUGGGCGUGUUGAGAUACCUUUUUAUAAAUAAGUUUUUAUAUAUGUAUGUACUUAUAUGGGCAAAGCUUGCCUCCACACUUAAAUUUUUUGUCGGACUUUUUCGUUCGUUCGAAAUUGUCUUCUAUUUCGUUUUUUUAUGUUUUAGUAAGAAUAAGUAAACUAAAUUAUGUUAUCUAAUUAUAAUUAUAGUUUUUUAAUUUAUUACGUUUAAUGAGUAAAACACAAACUAGCUUUUCUGUGCUUAUACAAGUUAAAAACGUAAUUAUUUAUUUUCCAAUUUAUUUCGAAUGUUAAUAUUUUCACGUUUACUUUACAUCUCGCGUAACUAAAGCCCAAACAUAUACUUCGCAGCUUUUCUAUGUUGGUGCAGCAACAUCUUAUUUGUGGCUACCUUUACAAGAGGUAAAAUAUCCUUCUUGCUAUGCGAUCUUACUCUUCAGGCGAUCAUGCUGUGAGCAGCUUUAUUUUUUCAUCGCAUGCCGGUCUUUUAUAUUUCGAGCUAAUUUUGUAAAGCACACAAACUUUCAAACGAUUUACAAAACAAAUUCAUGGGAAAUCUUCAUAGAAAUUAUUUAUAAAUGCAAAAAUAUAUUUUUUUGCAAAAUUACCUUAAAAUUAGAAUAACAAAAAAAUAAAAAGUACUGUUAACA